CGGUCCCUUUCCCCGGCUCGGCCUCGGCCAGGUCUGAUCGGCGCGCGGGCGGCCCCGAGGGUCUCGGCGAGCGCGGCGCGGUAACAAGUGGGCGAGGAUGCCGUACGAGAUCAAGAAGGUGUUCGCCAGCCUCCCCCAGGUGGAGAGAGGCGUCUCCAAAAUCAUCGGCGGCGACCCCAAGGGCAAUAAUUUUCUUUACACCAAUGGGAAGUGCGUCAUUCUAAGGAACAUCGACAACCCAGCCCUCGCCGACAUCUACACGGAGCACGCCCAUCAGGUGGUGGUGGCCAAGUACGCGCCCAGCGGAUUCUACAUCGCCUCUGGAGAUGUGUCCGGGAAGCUGAGGAUCUGGGACACCACGCAGAAGGAACACCUCUUGAAGUACGAGUACCAGCCUUUCGCUGGGAAGAUCAAGGACAUCGCCUGGACAGAGGACAGUAAGAGGAUCGCAGCGGUCGGGGAAGGAAGGGAGAAGUUUGGAGCCGUCUUCUUGUGGGACAGUGGCUCUUCUGUGGGCGAGAUCACGGGACACAACAAAGUCAUCAACAGUGUGGACAUCAAGCAGAGCAGGCCGUACCGGCUGGUGACAGGCAGCGACGACAACUGCGCCGCGUUCUUUGAGGGGCCACCGUUCAAGUUCAAGUUUACAAUUGGCGACCACAGCCGCUUCGUCAACUGCGUGCGAUUCUCUCCCGAUGGGAACAGGUUUGCUACCGCCAGUGCAGACGGCCAGAUUCACAUCUACGACGGGAAGACGGGGGAGAAGGUGUGCGCUCUGGGGGGCGGCAAGGCCCACGAUGGUGGCAUCUACGCUAUUAGCUGGAGUCCUGAUAGCACCCAUUUGCUUUCUGCUUCCGGAGACAAAACCUCUAAAAUUUGGGACGUCAAUGUGAACUCGGUCGUCAACACGUUUACCAUGGGCUCCAGCGUUCUGGACCAGCAGCUGGGCUGCUUGUGGCAGAAGGACCACCUCCUCAGCAUCUCCCUGUCUGGGUACAUCAACUACCUGGACAAGAACAACCCCAGCAAGCCCCUGCGGGUCAUCAAGGGUCACAGCAAAUCAAUCCAGUGCCUGACGGUGCAUAAAAACGGCGGCAAGUCCUACAUCUACUCCGGAAGCCAUGACGGACACAUCAAUUACUGGGAUUCUGAGACGGGGGAGAACGACUCCUUCACUGGCAAGGGCCACACGAACCAGGUGUCCAGGAUGACCGUGGACGAGGCCGGGCAGCUGGUGAGCUGCAGCAUGGACGACACGGUGCGGUACACCAACCUCAUGCUGCGGGACUACAGCGGACAGGGCGUCGUGAAGCUGGACGUUCAGCCCAAGUGUGUCGCUGUCGGCCCCGGAGGGUACGCGGUGGUCGUGUGCGUGGAGCAGAUCGUCCUGCUGAAGGACCAGAAGAAGUGCUUCAGCAUCGACAGCCCCGGCUACGAGCCCGAAGUGGUGGCGGUGCAUCCCAGUGGGGACAUGGUGGCUGUGGGGGCCACGGAUGGGAAAGUCCGCCUGUACUCCAUCCUGGGCACCACGCUGAAGGACGAGGGCAAGCUCCUGGAGGCCAAGGGGCCCGUGACGGACGUGGCAUACUCCCACGAUGGCGCCUUCCUCGCCGUGUGCGACGCCAGCAAGGUGGUCACGGUCUUCAGCGUAGCUGAUGGCUACUCGGAAAACAACGUUUUCUAUGGGCACCAUGCCAAGAUCGUCUGCCUGGCCUGGUCACCAGACAACGAGCACUUUGCUUCUGGCGGCAUGGACAUGAUGGUGUACAUCUGGACUCUGAGUGACCCCGAGACCAGGGUCAAGAUCCAAGAUGCGCACAGGCUCCACCACGUCAGCAGCCUGGCCUGGCUGGACGAGCACACGCUGGUCACCACCUCCCACGAUGCCUCUGUCAAAGAGUGGACAAUCAGCUACUGAGGGCCCGCCUCUGCCGGACCGAACCAGGGACUAGAGUUGGACCGCAGCAGAACACGGCAUUUCUGUCAAUAUUUCUGUAACACCCCGCCCACCCGCUCGGGAGGGAGGGGCCCUCUCUCCUGACGACCCUCGUCUCUCUGCAGGGUGUUUGUAUCUAUACACGUCCUUCUGAAAGCUUUAGACGGUGACAGUUUGCACAUGAGAAAUAAAGUGAGCACUUAAACCGCGUGUGGAGCCUGACUCGCCACCCCCCGCGCAGCCGCGCCAGCAUUCCAGAGGCAGAGCCUCCAAAGCACAGACUCGCUUCGUGGCGCCUGCCGUGGGUCCGGGGAGGCUGUGUCCACGGACCACGCCCCCUGCAGACAGGCUGCUCGGGAGGAGGGCGCACCUGCGUCCCGGAGGCCGGCGGCAGUGGCCCGUGGGCGCGUGGCCCUGCGUGGAAGUCACGCGUGCAGUCGCCACCGGGAGGCCUGGAAGCAGACAGGCACCCACGGGGCCGUGUAUCUCACUGUCGGUUUUUGUGCUUGAUUUUGAGAAUGGAGCCGUGAGGGUUUAUUGUGUGGGUUUUUUUGUUUUUUUUUCUAAGUGUCUUAACUGUUGCCUGUCAUUGUUUACAAGCUAGUGGGUGGAGCGCGCUGUCCCAGGAUUCAGAGCCCUUGUUAGCCAGACUGAGUGUCCUGUCCCACGUCACUGUCGUCCAUGGAUGUUUUCCCAUCUUUCUCCUGUCCCCAGAGCAGAGAUUAAUUUAAAGGUAAAGAUGAAGUCACUGUAACUGUCCUCGUUUUCACCUUUUCUUUUUUCAGUGCAGAAAUUAAAAGUAUAAAGCACGGUGAUCUGGAGUUUCUUGUGUCGGAGUCACUGGUGAAUGUUGGCUGAGAGCAAGCCCCCCCCUUGCACUUGUGAAACACUGAGCGCUCUACUAGCUGAGACCGAUCAUUAAACACCUUUCUCUGCACUGUGGGU